AUGUUGCUUUGCCCGUUCGCUCGUCGUCCCUCCUCGCGCAAGAAGCGCAGCUGGCACUCGCGCCGAUGGGAGAUCAACCCGGAGAGGCUCCGGCGCGUCUUCGCCAAGCUUCCGGAGCCAGCCCGGGCCGAGCUGCUCGACCCGGACACGCUCACUCAGCUCGUUGCUGAAGGAGCUGUGCACGCGGCACUGCUGGGCGGCGGUAUGGAUGCGGCUGAGGCGGACCGCGUUCUGCGCCGCAAGCUGUCCCCUCCGUUCCUCGCGGCCGCCCUCGCCUUUUUCCGAGAGGCGCUCGCCGGCGACGAGCGGACACCGCCCGUGCUGCCUCGCGAGCUGGUGUACCACCAAGUGUUGCUGCCGCUGCCGCCCUCGAUGGACCCGCAGAGGCAGGUGGACCCCGACGCGGCAGCACUUGUCACCGUUGCGAGGGCAUGCAAGCUUCCGCGCGAGCGCCAGCCGCGAGAGGCGCGCGACGCGCGGCGGCAGAACCGCGUCUUGCGGCAAUGCGAUGGGUGCGGAGCAUACAAGAGCUCGGUCGAGUUUUACGCCUGCUGCCUGCACGACGAGCAGCGCGUCUGCCGCGUGUGCAUGCUGGCCCGGCCGGCCGAGCCCUUCGGGGAGCACCUGACGGAGGAGCGCCGCACUGCUCCCGUGGCCAUCGGCGCGACCGCCUCCGUCGCGGGCGCCCUCCUCCUUCGCUCGACGAUGGUGCUUGGUGCCGGGGGCGCAUUCGUCCUGGCCCUGUGGCUCUUCCUGACCGUCCUGCUGCCGGUCGGCGUCGCCCAGCUGCACGCCGUCUUCCCUUCGCUCUUUGGCGCCGAGGAGCAGAACGACCCCUCCGGCGCGUCGGCCGGGGCACCCACGGCCUCGCUGCCCGACGCCACCGGCGCGGCGGACGUCGGCGCGAAGGAAGCCCCUCCCUCCUUCUUCGAGCUGACGGCGAACACGCGCGCCGCGCUCGGCGUGGCCGGCGCCGCGCUGCUCCCGUCCAUCACUCUGCUCGGCUCGCGAGGCACGCUGGCCGUCUCGCUCUGGAUCGCCGCCGCGAUCCUGCUACCGCUUGGGGUGGCGCGACUGCACGCGCUCUGCCCCUCCCUCUUUGGGAUGGUGGCGGGCGACCCCCAGAGGUGGCUGUUUGAGACGUCGGCCAAGUCGAUGGAGAAGACGCUGGUGUCGCUCGAGGGCGCCCCGCCGUCUCCGUUCCGAGGCGAGCCACCGGCGGCCGCCUCGGAUUCGCCGCCCGCGUUUGCUGCGCCCGACGGCAUGACGGAGGAGCAACAGCUCGAGUGGGCUGGCCAAGUCGCCUCUCUGCUCGAGGUCGUGGCGAGGCUCGAGGCCAAGGUCGAGGCGCCCCCAUCGCCCGAACCACCGAGCAGCUACGCGGUGCACGGCGACGACGACUCGGGGUUCGAGAGCGAGAGCCAGGCCUGA